AUGAAGCACUUCAUCGCAACCUUCACCACCAUCCCCGUCCUCUGGCUCUGGUGGCUCUCCACCCUACCCAACACGCCCUCCCUCACCGUGACCACACUCUGGAACUACAACCCGGCGGACCCCGGCACAUUCCUCGCAACCUGCCUGGUCCUCACCAUGGCACUCUGGACCCUGCACCUCGUUCUCACAAUGAAAGCCCGACUAGAGCCCGUCUCCCCCUCCAUCAUCUUCGGUCUCUCAUUUCACACCGUCCCUGCUCUCUGCCUCCUCACCGCCGUCUUGAAAGCCAAGGUCGCACAGGAUAAGCAGAUGGUGUGGUUCAGUGCGUUGAUGGCACUGCGGUACUGGCGUACGCUCGUUGCUAUCGUCUUCUGGACCCAGUACAAACCCUGUGUGCACCGCGCUUCUCACGGCAAACCAAAGUACACGGCUGAGGACUGUACGGUUGUGGUAGCUACGGUGGGUCCCGGCCAGAAUCUCGAGCUGUUUACGCGCAUGGUUGAGGGAAUCCUUGCUAACAAGCCGAAACGCAUUGUGUUUUCUACGCCAGAAGCGGGUAUUGCGGAUAUUGUGCGGCCGAUUGUGUUGGGGAUCCAGAAGGCGUUCGAAGAGCGUAGGGGAGUUGGCAAGAUGAAAGAAAUGGGUGGGUACUGUAGUGCUACUAGGAUUGUUGUCACGGGUGAGGCUAACAAGAAGGAUAAGCGGACGCAGACGGCAGAGGGGAUCAAGAUGGUUGGCACGAAGAUUAUGGUCAUGGCGGAUGAUAGUGCAGUGUGGUUCCCAAAGUUCCUCGAGGCUGCGCUCCCGGCUUUUCAGGAUGACAAGGUAGGGUUUGUGGGCACGCGCAAGUGGGUUGAGCGGUUGCCGCUGCCCGAGUAUGAUUGCGAGCUCAGCUGGUAUCAGAAUACGGUUGCGCGGUAUCGUUCUGGCUUCUGGAAUACCAUUGGGGCGCUGUAUCUUGUGCGUCACAACUUUGAGAUUCGCGCUUCAAAUGCUGCGGAUGGAGGCGUCUUUUGCGUCUCUGGUCGUACCAGCUUGAUCUUGUCUCGGAUCGUCAAGGAUGAAGAGUUUGUGGAGAAGUUCCUCAAUGAGUAUAUCUGGUCGUUUCCUAGCCUUGGUGUUGAGGGCGUUGGUCCGCUCAAGGCUGACGACGACAACUUCAUUACGCGCUGGGUCAUCAAUCACGGUAUGGACGUCAAGAUUCAGUAUACCGAAGAUGCGACCAUGGCCACUCAGCUAGGACGUAUGGACAAGUUCAAGUUUGUGGACCAGUGCAUGCGCUGGAGCCGUACGACUAUCCGACAGAAUCCUAUCGCCUUAUUCGUCGAUCUGACUGUAUGGUGGAAGUGGCCCAUUUCUGUCUGGAUGGUGUACUUUCCGUGGAUGCACAAUGCCGCUCUCUUCUGGGAUACUCUGGCAGUCUGGACUUUUACCACUACCACAUUCUUUCGCGACUCUUCAGCCCAGUACUACUGGUUGGGUCUUCUGAUCUCUUUCAUCUGGAUGUCGAAGCUAACCAAGACGAUCCCAUGGUUCAUGCAUACACAGAACCGUUCAGACUUUUUCUGGUACUUCUUCCCCAUCCCGGCUUACCCUCUGUUUGCGUACGCUCACUCCCUUAUCAAGAUCUACACUGUCGCGACCUUCUGGGUCAACGACUGGGCUGGCCGCACGCAAGAUGAGAAGCAGCCAGAGUUGGAUGGCAUUAAGGCCAAGUAG